CUUCAGUGCUGUCACGGACAAGUAUAUGUAUAACGGUGGGAGUACGCGCUUCGGACGCGGCCCGUCCCGUUGUGCGGCAUAAUUUGAUUUGCACCAACAUUUGAUGACAAGAAAACUGUCUUGGAACUGAGAAAAACAGUAAGUAACAACUACUUUCGUGGUCUCUUCGAGUACUAAUUUCUUCACACAAGAACAACGCUUCCUCACCGGAAAGAACAAAGCUACCAGACCACAUCAAGAUGGGCCGCGUUUCGACGUUUUUUCCAUCAAACCGUUCUCUCGCGUUGGCGACAGCCGUGGGUGCGGUCUCCCAUCUGGUGGACCUUGUCCACUCGGUGGACGCAGCCUCCCCCCUGCGGACCCACGAGAACCAGAAGUUUUGGGACAAGCUGAGAGAGGGCACAGAAAACACCAGCAAUGGAGGUGGUGCAACCGAACAAGAGGAGAAAAUGGCGCAGCGGGAGAGGUUGUUUGACCGGGCGCUAGAGCUAGCGACGGCGCGCUCGUCGGGAAGUAGCUCCUCUUCUGCAGCUGGCAGUGGGAAAAUUUUACCAGCAGAAGACGAAGAACGUGAAUACGCAGCGGUGGUGGAAAUAAAGUCAGCGAAAGAUCAGGUUGAGAGCAGUCAAAGAACGUCGUCUCCAAGCACGACUACGGCCAACGAGAAAGACCAGGACAAGGACAGCGAGAACGGCACUAUGAACCUGCAGACCACCGACCCCGAGAUUGCGAAGUUGCUUCUGCAGGCCUCGUGUCAAAUGUAAAAAUGUCUAGGACUGGAAGAGUCAUGCUGUUUUUGCAUGACACAGAAGGUCUGGCAUGGAAGCUCUAGCAUCACAGGUUCCGAGAAGCUUCCGCAAUGCCGAAUCCGCAUGACAAAUCCCCCUUUUUGGUGACAGAAAGCGGGCAGCUUUUGCUACCUAUGCAUGAGAGAUCUUUCUGUGUUCUGAAAUGCGCAUCACAAGUUUGUACUCUUCCAGACCCAGACAUAUUUGCAAUGCAUACCUCGGAACAGCUGCGCACCGCGUCCCACAUCGUGUACCAACACGUGAAUCACGUGGCACUCGCGGCGAAAAAGCAGAAAAACAACCUCCCCGUCCACGAGGAGUUGAGGCUCCGGAUCAUGAGGGCCAAAUGUCGGAAAAAAGACUACAAAAAUUUGCAAACUUCUUUUUUUCCCAUGGCGAGGAACGCCACACACCGUGGCGCGUUGUGCUCCCUGGCUUCAAGUCAUGCGUGGGCUAUUUUUCCAGUUUGCUUCGCGAUUCACUUCAUAUUUUAAGCGCUUUGCUGAAGUUCGCGGGCUUCCUCUCAUCCCGAUUGGAGGUUGUGUGGUGGGCGCAGUUAGUUUUCUAUUCCGUUUGCCGGAUCGACAACACCAUCGACCCUGUGAUCAUAUACAAGGCGCUUUCCGGUUUUUCCGGUUUGCCUUGUUGCUCCUUUUAAAUUUACCAAAAAAAGUUCCCAACUUCAUACCCUUUCAAAAAGUUUCCGUAAACACGAGCGGAGUCGGAAAGAUUUUGCGAAUGUUUCCGAGAGUUUUCGUUCUCUUUUUUUUCUCUUUUCAUUUUUUUUCGCGAAAAUCGAUUUUUGUCAUUUUUUGAAUUUGGGUCUUUUUGCUCCAUCGAACGCGUCAUAGCAUGCGUGUUCGAAGUAGGCGGCUUCAAAACCGCGUGGGCUUCUCGUUUCUUUCUCGCCUAGUAAAGUUUUCUUGUGGGUUUUUGCAAUGUUUCUGCAAUGACACAAGACCACACCUGGGCGGGACGUUUCCUUUUCGCUUUGCCAUGCGCUUUCUUCCAAGUUGUUUUUUUGGCCGCUCUCCUAUUGGGUGGCGGCCUUGUAAAUAUUUCGGUCUUUUUUCCAAGGCAGUCAUAAUCAGGCCUCGGCGCUUCAAGAGGAGUCCGAUUGGAUUUUGGAUUCCAAAGCAUACCAUCCGGCCCCCUGGCGUUAACUGAAAGCAAGAAAACCAGAACGACCCACCUUGUUCGCAUCUCAACACCACGGCCAAACGGCUCGCCUUGUCCCCACCUAGAUUCGCCGUUCGCUGAAAGCGAGAAAACCAGAACGACCCGCCUGGUUCGCAUCUCAGUCCAUCGGCAUCAUUGCGAAAGCGGUCGGGGCAUGCCUGGUAUGCUGGGGAAAAAUAAAAACAAAGAGAAAGAAAGCCAAACGGCCCGCCUCUUCCCCCUCUAAAACCACCGGCGUGCCGCCGCGGCCUCGUUGCCAUGCUGCUGCCUCACGCGUUUGCGCGUUGGGCGCCUACGUAAUCCGCCCGGGGCUGGCGCGUGUACACGCAGCCCCGAUGGUGUGGGGCGCACGCCUUUUGUGGUGUGCAUGCCCAGCAUCACAGCCAUACGGCUCGCCUUUUCCCCACCUAAGUCCCCCGCUCGCUGAAAGCGAGAAAACCAGAACGACCCGCCUGCUCUCGUCUAUCUGCGCCCAGUCCCUUCCUGUUUCUAUCUCGGUCGUGCCGGUUGCUUUUCUUGAUAGUUUACGACUUGCGUCCUCUCUGUUUCUUAAGUUACAGCAGCGCCUUUGUUUCUAAAGUUAUGAUCGUGCUAGACUGUUACUAAAGUUAUGGUCUACGACCAUGGCAGCGACUUGCUCUCUGCGAUCUACUUGCUCGUCGACCGCGAUGGCAAAGGCGGCAGAGUCCAACGCGAUCGCUUUCCAGGCAGUCAUAAUCAGAUCGAUUUCGGUCUUUUUUCCACGCGAUCGAUUUCGGUCUUUUUUCCAAGGCAGUCAUAAUCAGGCCUCGGCGCUUCAAGAGGAGUCCGACUGGAUAUUGGAUUCCAAAGCAAAACUGCUGGAUUACGAGGACGAAGUCACCCUGAAGAAGGACAAAACGGCCCGGAUCCAUAUGAGAGUGGUGUACAACUCGAACUCUCCCUCUACCUCAUUUGUGUUAUGCAAAAUAAAAAUAUAAAUACUAUUACUAAGUUAUUCUAUUCACCCGACAGCGACACCUUGUUCGUCAGCACUCCUUGCAUCGACAAAUUUUGGAACCUCGAAUUAUAGGACUACAAUCCGCAUGCGCAUGCAGAUUUGUCAUGUGGAAGCCCCUUAUUUAUAUUUCCUGCUGUUGCUUCUGCUUGUGUUGCUGCUCAGGCCCUUCAAAUGAGGGGCAGCAGGGGGAGGUCUGCACACUCAUAACCCACCAACUGGAACCAUUAAUGGAACCCGAAGUGGCCACCAUGGGAGACGUUCUGACAAACUGCAGGAAGGGACGGGAAGCAGCGGGGGAUGUGAUUAAGUAAUAGUUUUUGUUGAUGAUGUGUUGUUGUCAUGCGUAGGGAAUUUUAAUGAAUCGUUAUCGUACUUGAUUCGUCCUCCGCCUUCCUGAUGAAAGUAUCUUCUUCAUGCUGCCUGUCAGGGUAGUGGCAGGAGGAGCAUCCAUGCGAUUCUAUUUCUAGCAAGAAACUGUAAGACCGAUCUAAAUCAUACAGCCCCAAGUAGAUACAAAAAUAAACCCACCAGGCGCGACCUGUACCACCCGCGGGCCGACAAGGUCCGCGUGAGUAAGGAGGUGAAGGAGGUGGCGAGAGAGCUGCAGGACGUCGCUGGGGAGAUCCGCAUAUCCUGUGCAAAAGUAUCGUAGUCGUACUCGUAUAAAUGCAUUACAAAUUUCCUCAGCAUGAGAGAUAAAAUUUGUAAUGCUGAUUUACCUUGAGAGAAAGAUUUGUAAUGCAUGAUUGCAAUACCAAUAGAAUACGAGUGCGAUGCUUUUGGACAGGAUACCGCAGCGAAUACAUGAAGAUGAUCAUGGGCUUUGCUAACGCGAUAUCAAAUGCAAAAGUGUCUGGGUCAGGAAGAAUGCAAGAUCUGUCAUGCAUAUUUCUCAUGACCCAUGAUGCCUGUAAUGCAUGGCCUAGCAUCGCAGACUUUUAGAGGGCUUCCAGAUGCACCUUCCGCAUGAGAAAACCCUGUCCGUGUAGCGCAAAUUGUGCCCCUCUUGCUGGUCAUGCAAUACAAAUUUUUGUCGAGUCCAAAAACAGCAUGACAAGUUGCAAUCUUCCAGACCCAGAUAUUUUUGCAGUUGAUACGCGAUCGUGGAAAAUUUUUCGGAGAACAAACCGGCGCAUCAUUCCGCGGGCGGGAUGAAAAACAAUCUGGUAGAGCUACAGGUGAAGGAGAAGGAAAAAAGUUUGGCGAAAACGGAUCCGGGUAUUAACAUUAAGGCGGGUGAUCAAACGAUCUCAACAUCAUCCGCAACCACGUCGAGUAGUAGUACACGGAUCAUUUCAAGGAAGACAAACAGCAGGGCCGCGGCGGGCUCAAGAACAAGGUCGUCGGAGACUUCGGAGGAGAAAACUUUGCCAGAUGUGUAUGCUUUUUGAGAUCGAUCGAGUCUCCUCGACCAUGUGGUUUUUAUAUUGAUCGGUGAUUCUUAUUUCGCGUUCACACAACAACGUACGACUACGAUUAACAAUUCCCUUACAAAAACAUCAACCUCGAGAAUACAGAAAGUUACUUGCACAGAUAUCUAAAGGGUGUUGAGAGCUCUUUCUUGCUCACUUCACCACACGAUCUACAUCAAACACAAUUUCACGACCAAUGAGCUCCAUGCACUCGAAAGAGGCUGCUGCAUGGGCAGCUCCAUAUCAACAUAGAGAUAGACGAGGACGAACUGAAGAUGGAGCGAAAAAUAACGUCAAAACGACCAUCAAAACGCGUAGCAGGAUGGAUGCUGCUCCUGUUAGAAGUGAUGAUAACACAGUUUGUGGUCAACGUUCCGCGCUCCGUGUUGGGUACAACUG